GCGGCAGGCCUCCCAGCGGAGGCGACGACGGGGAGGGCUCAAGGAGUCGGGGCGAGCCAGAGCUCGUCACCCCCUCGUGCUGUGGUGGUCGCUCGCUUUCCGCCGGCCCGUUCGUGUGUGUGUUGUCCUGCACAGCUGCGGCCGCCGCGGAACCAUGGCUGUGCUCGUCGCCCUCUUGUCCUUGGUGGUGGCGGGUGUCUUAGGGAAUGAGUUUAGCAUAUUAAGAUCACCAGGGUCUGUUGUUUUCCGGGAUGGAAAUUGGCCUAUACCAGGAGAGCGAAUCCCAGACGUGGCUGCAUUAUCCAUGGGCUUCUCUGUCAAAGAAGACCUUUCUUGGCCGGGCCUUGCAGUGGGUAACCUGUUCCACCGUCCUCGGGCUACGGUGAUGGUGAUGGUGAAGGGAGUGGACAAGCUCGCUCUACCCCCAGGCAGCGUCAUUUCGUACCCUUUGGAGAAUGCAGUUCCUUUUAGUCUUGACAGCGUUGCAAAUUCCAUUCACUCCUUAUUUUCUGAAGAAACUCCUGUGGUUUUGCAGUUGGCACCCAGUGAGGAAAGAGUGUACAUGGUGGGAAAGGCAAACUCGGUUUUUGAAGAUCUUUCAGUAACACUUAGACAACUCCGCAGUCGACUGUUUCAAGAAAACUCUAUUCUCAGUUUACUUCCCCUCAAUUCUCUGAGUAGGAACAAUGAAGUCGACCUGCUCUUUCUUUCUGAACUGCAAGUGCUACAUGAUAUUUCAAGUUUGUUGUCUCGACACAAGCAUCUAGCCAAGGAUCAUUCUCCUGAUUUAUACUCACUGGAGCUGGCAGGUUUGGAUGAAAUUGGGAAACGUUACGGGGAAGACUCUGAACAAUUUAGAGAUGCUUCUAAGAUCCUUGUCGAUGCUCUGCAAAAGUUUGCAGAUGACAUGUACAAUCUUUAUGGUGGGAAUGCAGUGGUCGAGUUAGUGACGGUCAGGUCAUUCGACACAUCCCUUGUGAGGAAGACAAGGACUAUCCUUGAGGCAAAACAAGUGAAGGACCCACCAAGUCCCUAUAACCUUGCAUACAAGUAUAAUGUUGACUAUCCAGUGGUUUUCAACAUGAUACUUUGGAUAAUGAUUGCCUUGGCCUUGGCUGUGAUAAUCACCUCUUACAAUAUUUGGAACAUGGAUCCUGGAUAUGAUAGCAUCAUUUAUAGGAUGACAAACCAGAAGAUUCGAAUGGACUGAACUUUCCUUAUGCCAAACUUAGAACAGAGGUUUGGAAAUUGGCUGUUUUGUUAAAAUAAAUCCUUUAGUGUAGUUAAAAUAGGUAGUAUACUUUAAAUUUAUAAACAAAUUUUUUGUUCUCUAUUUUGUGUGUGCCUGUGAUGUCCUUAUAGAGUGUAGUAUUGACGUGGGUUGAUUUGUGUGAGAUAGAUUCCAUAAGAUGCUCAAUACUAUGAUAUAACCAUUUAAUAUAAUUUCAUUCCAUGUAAUAUUUGGAAAUAUGCACUGAAAUAAAUGUAAAACAUUUAGAAUAGUUUGUGUUAUUUAUGUUGGGCAAAUGCACUGAAUUUGAAAUGCUUAACUUCCUUACUUACACAGGACAGGUGAAAGUGAUAUUUGGGCUGUUAUAUACUAUGAACCAUUUGUAAAUGUCUUAAUUUAAUGUAAAUAUCUCUGAAAUAAGAGAAAAGGCUUUUAAGGUCAAGCAACUCUAAGUGAUGAAUGUGAUUAUACAGUCCUAUAGAUUUGGAAUUGUACUGACUGACAGGCAAUAGCUUGUUUAACCUCUUCUGAAAAAAGUUUGGUGACCGAGUGAUCAGGUAGAGAUGUUACAGAUACUACAUUGACCUAAGAAGAAACUAGCUUUGUGGAGUUACAGAUGCUAAUAAUUUAUAGACACAAAAACAUUUUUGGGGGACAUCACAGGGCAUGAGUAUAAAAUCUCAUUUCAGUAAUUAGUCCCCCUGUGUAAAGUCCUAUGGUUUGCGGUGCAGCAUCGUUCUAUACACAAUGUUAAGUGAAGGAGAUGCUCCCUACUUUUCAUGAGAAGUGGACCUUUGUCUAUAAAGAGUGACAAAUAAAGUUAACAAUGAUUCCA